CUAGAUUCUCACAUUAUCUCUACCCGGGUUCACCCUAAGAGAAGCGGACUCUGAUUGCGCUGUAAUGCGAGAGCACGGCGCUACGCUACCAGUUUAUGCUCAGGAGCUUCAUUAAAAGCUUUACGCUGUGUUUUGAUGAGGGGAUGGCUUUUCCAUCUUUGCCCGCCACACUACCGUUCGAGCGAGGGAAUCAAAGAGACCAACAACCAUCCCGGAGCGGUCCGCCCAGACCCGAAUCCGUAGUGGGGCCGUGGAAAGUAUUAUCUAGCGAUCCGACGGCGUCUCCUAGCAGUCCACCAUCCACCAGCAUCAAUGUUAAUCUCUCUUUCUCCCUUUCCCUUCUCUUCCCUCCCGCUUCCCCGUCGAUACACCCGGACGGGGAUGAUGCCGACCAUCCCUGGCCUUGCUUUGCAGAUUCCUGUACCGACAUGAAGGAGACUCAUACACGUGGGAUCACGAAAAAGGGAUGUGAUGAUCCCCCUCGUGCCAAAACGCCCACGCUAAAAUACUGCAAGGCAGCUUUAUUCUUAUUCUGUUCUGACAAAGCAGCGCUCGGGUAUAAUUCUUGCCAUUUCAGAAAGAGGAUCGAAGUAAAGAUCCAUUAUAAUGGCGGCGGUGUUUGACACUGAUGGGGGUUGAGAGGAGAGCGCCCAGCCGCUACCAAGAGCGCCACGUCCAUCAAGAGCAGAGGCUAAAAUAUCAACAACCUUUCUCCACCCAUCGAAGAUCCAAAGCUGAUGGAGGAGUGAGAAAGAAAGGAAAGAUCAUAGCGUCUU